UUUGAUUUCUUUCCUAUUUGAAAUCUUCCCCGAGCUAAUAGAUAGAGAUCUCUGGAGACGAAAAGCUUAGAGAGAUUUGGAUCUUGAGUGUUGCGUAUGGCGGAGGAGAAAUGGGUGUUAAUGGUGACGGCUCAGACGCCGACGAAUAUCGCCGUGAUCAAGUACUGGGGAAAGAGAGACGAGGUUCGGAUUCUCCCCAUCAACGACAGCAUUAGCGUCACGCUUGAUCCCGAUCAUCUCUGCACUCUCACCACCGUCGCUGUUAGUCCUUCCUUUGAUCGGGAUCGAAUGUGGCUCAAUGGCAAGGAAAUCUCUCUUUCUGGAAGUAGGUACCAAAAUUGCUUGAGGGAAAUUCGAUGUCGCGCUGAUGAUGUUGAAGACAAAGUAAAGGGUAUCAAGAUAGCCAAGAAAGAUUGGGAGAAAUUGCAUCUACACAUUGCUUCUUAUAACAACUUCCCUACUGCUGCUGGCUUAGCGUCUUCAGCAGCUGGCUUUGCUUGUCUCGUUUUUGCUCUUGCAAAGUUGAUGAAUGUACAUGAAGAUCCAAGCCAACUUUCUGCUAUAGCCAGGCAAGGUUCAGGAAGUGCUUGCCGUAGUUUGUUUGGGGGAUUUGUCAAGUGGAACAUGGGAAGCAAAGAAGAUGGAAGUGAUAGCGUUGCUGUUCAAGUCGCAGAUGAAAAGCACUGGGAUGAUCUUGUUAUCAUUAUCGCUGUGGUGAGUUCACGAGAGAAGGAAACAAGUAGCACCUCAGGAAUGCGUGAGAGUGUUGAGACAAGUUUACUUUUACAGCACAGAGCAAAGGAAGUUGUGCCGAAACGGGUUUUGCAAAUGGAAGAAGCUAUUAAGAAUCGAGAUUUCACAUCUUUUGCAAAACUGACGUGUUCAGACAGUAAUCAGUUUCAUGCUGUUUGUAUGGAUACAUCUCCACCCAUAUUUUACAUGAAUGACACCUCCCACAGGAUAAUAAGCUUAGUUGAAAAGUGGAACCGCUUUGUCGGGACACCAGAGAUUGCUUACACAUUUGAUGCCGGCCCAAACGCGGUCCUGAUUGCACGAAGCAGAAAGGUAGCAGUUGAAUUGCUGCAGGGGCUGCUCUACUGCUUCCCUCCUAAGCCUGACUAAGACAUUGAGAGUUACGUACUGGGCGACAAAUCAAUUGUAAAAGAGGCAGGCUUGGAAAGAGGAGAGGUUUCACAAGAAAUUAAAGACAAAAUUGGAAGGCAAGAUCAAAAAGGUGAAGUGAGCUAUUUUAUAUGCAGCAGACCUGGAAAAGGUCCUCUGGUGCUUCAAGACCAAACUCAGGCUCUUCUCCAUCCCCUAACUGGCAUCCCAAAAUAACCAUUUAUGUGUGUUCUUGUUACUGCAACUCGGAGAUUUGCAACAGCUUUUUUUUUUUUCAUUUUUCUUUUUC